AUGAGGAGAACUUGUUUCGAUAUCUUGAAGCCUUACUCUAUCUCACAUGCCUGCUUUGGCCUACGGCAGAAACUAUCCACCACUCGGCAGAUGGCACUGCAUUCGACGAGGAAAACACCACAAGCCGGCAAGGUAUCAUCGAGUAUCAGCGACCUAGAACAUAUUUUCUAUAAUUACACAUCUGGUAGAUGGUUGUAAGUAGCUAAUGAACCUUGAUAUUUCCAAACUUGAGUUGAUAGGUCGAAACCACCGCAGGUACAACGAGCGUUUGCGUCUCUCUGAGAGGCGACGUCAUUUUGACAUCCAUGAGCUCUGUCAGGCUGUUGCUAAGUCUGUCGGUCGUUCCACUGAUGACAUCACUAUCUUCGCAAAAAUUGCUGAAGGUGGUUCCUAUUGUAUCUUUGAAGUAACAUUUCAAGAUAGGAUGGAUGUGAUUGUGCGAAUUCCAUAUCCUUCUACAAUACCUCGAGAAUACGGUAUCGUCAGUGAGGUCGCUACAAUGGAAUAUCUACGUCUGCAUGGCGUUCCAAUCCCAAAGGUCUUCGACUGGUGUUCAUCGUCGGACAACCCAGUCCGGUCUGAAUAUAUCAUCAUGGAAAAGGUUCAGGGUAAGGAAUUGGAACAUACUUGGUAUACGAUGACGGCAAAUGAUAGAAUGAAUGUCGUGGAGAAGAUUGUCGAUAUAGAAAGGAUGCUAUUUGCGAUACGAUUCCCUGCCAGUGGCAGCAUAUACUUUAAAGACUUCUUGGAUACCCAAACUACGACAAUUGACCUGCCCUUGGCUGUCAAUCGUGGCAAAACGGAUAGGUUUUGCAUUGGGCCUUCCACUGAAUUUCUUUGGUGGUAUCAAAGACGAGACGAACUGGCCGUCAAUCGAGGACCUUGGGAAACGCCCAAGGAUCUAUUGGAGGCAGUUGGCCAUAGAGAAUUGGCCUGGUUGCAAAAGUUCGGCAAGCAACGUUUCCCCCGUGAACCGCUCUAUAGAGAAUUCUACGAUCAUCAAGAAGUCGACCCGCAGGUGCAAGUAGACAGCUUAAGGGAUUACCUCAAGGUUGCUGCACACAUUGUUCCCGAAGAUCCGGAGUUAUGUCAACCAACGAUUCGUCACCUAGAUCUCUCACCGAGCAACAUCCUUGUCUCUGAAUCUGGCGACAUUACUGGAGUGAUCGACUGGCAACAUAGCACCAUACUUCCGAUAUUUCUGCAAGCCAAGAUUCCCAAGCAUUUUCAAAACUAUGGAGAUAACGAUUCAGAAAGUUUCCGACGUCCAGAGCUGCCUACGAAUUUUGAUCUUCUAGAGCAGAGCGAGAAGGCAAAUGAGUUAGAGCUCUAUCGCCGACGACAGCUCCACUAUUUCUACCUGGGAUAUACCAGUACCAACAACAAGCCUCAUUUUCAUGCAAUGGGAAAACAUGACCUUAUUGUACGAAGCCGACUCUAUGACACUGCUGGCAGACCGUGGGAAGGCGAUAACGCAUCACUCAAAGCGGAGCUAGUACAAAUGUCGACUUACUGGCCCGAUAUUGCUAUUUCGGCAAUGAAAGAAGCUAAGUUUCCUGUCAAAUAUCCUGACGCAGAUGUCGCAGACUGCCUCAAUAUCGACGCAAAGCAGAAGAUUGCGGAUGCACAAAUGCAGCGAUUGCGCGACUUCAUUGGAGUGAACAUUGACGGAUGGGUGCCGAAGGAAUCCUAUGAAGAGGCGAGGGAGAAAGAACGAUAUACCAAACAGCAGAUGCUGGAAGCUGCGGAGACGGAGGAGGAGCGGAAGGAGUUAGAUGAAUAUUGGCCCUUCCAGGACCACGAAGAGUUGGAUUAA